UUGUUUUUUUUUUUUCCUGGGUGUUGCCUGCCUGUCGUACCGGGGUGUCGCUGUGAAGACUGCGAGUCAAACCGGAUCAUUUCUGCAUCGAUAUCAUUUUAAACUUUUUGGAGCGCGGCCGAGGUCCUGUCAUUUUGUGUACGCGGUACUUUUCAGGCCACACAGGACCGGGUUACUUUAGCCGCUGUUAGCUUGCUAGGCUAACCGAGACCGAGCUGCUGUAACGUUGGCUGGGUCACCAGCGAGAGAGCCGUCCGAUGCAGGCCAUUAAGUGUGUGGUAGUAGGGGACGGGGCUGUGGGUAAAACAUGCCUGCUCAUCAGCUACACUACCAAUGCCUUCCCUGGAGAGUACAUCCCCACAGUCUUCGACAACUACUCUGCCAAUGUGAUGGUUGAUGGGAAACCAGUGAACCUGGGGCUGUGGGAUACAGCAGGACAGGAGGACUACGACAGGCUCAGGCCACUGUCCUACCCACAGACAGACGUGUUCCUGAUUUGCUUUUCACUAGUCAGUCCAGCUUCCUUUGAGAACGUCCGUGCCAAGUGGUACCCUGAGGUGAGGCACCACUGCCCCAACACACCCAUCAUCCUGGUGGGCACCAAGCUGGACCUGAGAGACGACAAGGACACUAUCGAAAAGCUCAAGGAAAAGAAACUCUCCCCCAUCAUCUACCCCCAGGGCUUGGCUAUGGCUAAAGAAAUAAGUGCAGUGAAGUAUCUGGAGUGCUCGGCUCUGACGCAGCGCGGCCUUAAGACAGUGUUUGACGAAGCCAUCAGGGCGGUCCUCUGCCCCCCACCCAUCAAGAAGAGGAAGAGGAAGUGCAGAAUAUUGUAAUGGAAAACCACAGGGAGUAGAAAAUACAGUUGCAGUCAGAACUCGCCUACUCAGAGGGAAGAGGAUGAUGUCGGGGUUUCCCAAAUAUCUGUUCACCCCCUGUGUCUUUGCUUACAUAGAAGCUCUGGUAGAUCAGACGUCCAUCUGAAAGAACUUUACAGAUUUAAGCAGCGCUGGCAGGUUUCAGUCAAGUCUGGCUUGUGGGUUCUUACAUCUGUUGAGUCCUUUCAGAUUGACUGGAAUGAAGUGACUUUGCUUAAGGCCUUGGGGAAUGUGAGGGUGGGGGGGUGAUUUGGGAUCUGGGGUUAAUUAAGGAGAAAGAGAGGGAGGAUUUUGCAAAAAAAAACUAAAAAAAACAUUCAUGUAAUUUUUCUCAGACAUUGUGAAGAAACACUACUUGAACAUGAAUUUAUCGUGAAAUCACCAUAGAUUUAACUCUAUAAAAGAAGGAGGUCCUGCACUGCGCUCUUUCCCCUACACACUAAGAGAUUCCUGCUGCCUUGAUGAAAUUUUACUUUGAGAUAAAUUGUUUUUUAGAGGCUCUAAUUUCUCCUUUUUUUUUCAUUGUCAGUCUCUUGUCAGCUGUUUGAUGGACCGUUCUGUUUACAUGUCAUCUGACGAGACUGAGGUGCUGCCAAAACUCAGUCAACGGUCAUCACUUUGUAGUCACUCUGUGAACACUAAAAUGUUGUUUUUUUUCUUCCUUUUACUUUUGUUUUAACCUUCUAUCAAUGCAGUUAUGAAGAAAUUCUUUAACCCUUAAAUGACUUUGAGUUAUAACAUGUUGUAGCAGCUGCUAAGUUAAAUAGUAAUUACACAUUACACAGUCUGAUAGAUAUUUAACAGGUAAUUCUUUCAUUUUGUUCCUUGAGCUUUCUAGAUAAAUCAUUGUUCUCACUACGUGGUAAAUGAAUACACACAGUGUUUUAUGACUGACUGUCGGGCAUGUGAAGGUACAGUGCAGCCACAGUUGCUGUGCUGGCUCGUUAUCUAUUUAACUUUAAAAGUUAAACCCAUCAUUUCAAGUUUUCAUGAAGUUCUUGCUCAGAAAGUGCUUUCAACAUUCAGGCUUUUUACUCAGUACAUGAUGCUCAUUGCCGUCAUAAUGGUGUGUAACCAUGUCAUUUUGACCCCAUCUAUUGCUGUGUUUUAUGAAGUCUAUGAGCCAGUGUAUCAGCACUCGAUGGUUGUGACUCAUUUUACUGUCUUUCUUGUACAAUAUGACCUUGAGCGGUAACGAUUCAGCGGUUGCAUUUUAUUUUGAAAUGAGCAAUGAUCAAAUUGCAUGGGUGCUCUGGGGAAUCACUGUAAAUCUGGAUUCAUUUCAUCUGUGUUUCAGUGGCACAGAUGAAGUGCAUACUUGGAUUUACUUUCUUGCUAAAUGUGGUUUCAUUUUCACAAUAUGUAAUAGUACAUAGUUAUAUGCUGAUUUUUUUUUUUUAAGCAAAUAAAUUUUUUUGAAAAUG